UCCUUCCAUGCCUCUCUCUCUCGUUGGUCCGUUGCCUGUUUAUAAAACUAACUUUGACCAAACGGAACCAACCAACCAACAAACAAAAACCCUUAUUACUAGCUUUCGGCGCUCUUUCUUUUUUAAUUAAUUAAUUAAUUAAUGUUUCCUUCCACAUUCAUUCCUCCUAAAUCCUAAUCCUAUUUAAUCGUCAUCUUAUCUUAUAAUAAUAAUAAUAAUCCCUAAUUAUCAAUCAACUUAAACUAAACACAAAGUGUAGUGUGUGAUUGUUAUCACUAGCUAAUUAUAUAAGCAGUAGUAGCAUGUGAACUUGUUUUGAACCAAAACAACAAACAAACACAACGCUACAGAAGAACUUUACUUCAAAAUAAACACUUCACGAAUCCGAAAAAUCUACCUACCCGCAUAUUCCAGAUAGAAAAUAUGGGAUUAGUCUGUAGCAAAAAUCGCCGUUAUCGUGAUUCUGAUCCCGAAGAAAAUGCACAGGCAGCAGAAAUUGAAAGAAGAAUAGAGUCAGAAACAAAGGCUGAAAAACAUAUUCAAAAACUUCUACUACUAGGUGCGGGAGAGUCAGGGAAGUCUACAAUCUUUAAGCAGAUAAAACUUUUGUUUCAAACUGGCUUUGAUGAGACUGAACUAAGAAGCUACACACCCGUCAUUUUUGCUAACGUGUAUCAGACUAUAAAAGUACUGCAUGAUGGGGCAAAGGAGUUGGCUCAGAAUGAUAGUAAUUCUUCAAAGUAUGCUAUAUCCGAGGAAAACAAGGACAUUGGUGAAAAACUUUCAGAAAUUGGAGGCAGGCUGGAUUAUCCACAUCUUACCAAGGAUCUUGCAAAGGAAAUAGAGACUCUGUGGGAGGAUGCUGCCAUUCAGGAAACAUAUGGCCGUGGUAAUGAACUUCAAGUUCCAGAUUGUACCAAAUAUUUCAUGGAAAAUUUGCAGAGGCUGUCUGAUACGAAUUAUGUUCCUACAAAGGAGGAUGUUUUAUAUGCAAGAGUCCGUACAACCGGUGUUGUGGAGAUCCAAUUCAGCCCCGUUGGAGAAAAUAAGAGAAGUGGUGAAGUCUAUAGACUCUUUGAUGUUGGUGGCCAGAGAAAUGAGAGGAGAAAAUGGAUCCAUCUUUUUGAAGGAGUUACAGCUGUAAUAUUCUGUGCCGCAAUUAGCGAGUAUGAUCAAACACUUUUUGAGGAUGAAAGCAAGAACAGAAUGAUGGAAACUAAGGAACUUUUCGAAUGGAUCCUGAAGCAACCAUGUUUUGAGAAAACAUCCUUCAUGUUAUUUUUAAACAAGUUUGACAUAUUCGAAAAGAAGAUCCUGAAUGUUCCACUCAACGUUUGCGAAUGGUUCAAAGAUUAUCAGCCAGUUUCAACAGGGAAACAAGAAAUCGAGCAUGCAUAUGAGUUUGUGAAGAAAAAGUUUGAGGAAUUGUACUUCCAGAGCUCUGCUCCUGACCGUGUAGAUCGUGUCUUCAAGAUAUACCGGACCACUGCUCUUGAUCAGAAGGUUGUGAAGAAGACUUUCAAACUUGUUGACGAGACGUUGAGGCGCAGGAAUCUUUUUGAAGCUGGAUUAUUAUAACCAUUGUGCAUAAGAGGGAUAAAAUAUUUUUACAUUGAAGAGGUAAUCAGAUUUUGGGUAUACUAGAGGUCAGGUAUACAACAGUAUAUAAUCAAUUUAUUGAUUCUAUGUCAAGUAAAUCAUGUUGAAUGAGUGGAUAGGGAAAGGCCUUUCGGAAUUCUUGAUCACCGCAAGUUAGUUGCGCUGAAAUUUUCAGAGAUGAUAUCAUGAUCUAUGAUGCAGUUUUUAUAGAUUGAAACUCACUAAUUAUAGAUUUCUUAUCCAAUGUUGAUGUUUAUUUAAUAUUAAUGACUAAUGAGGCUUUGCCUAUACCAACGCCUGUUGGUCGGCAGCUCGACGCAGUGAGGAGUUUGAUUUACCUUAAUUAAACAAGGUUUCGGGUUUGAAUCUUAUGAAUGGAAGGCAUAGCCACUAUCUUGUGUGAGCUUGUUUGUAGAUAAUUUGAAGAUUCUUAUGUUUGCUUUGUACCUA